AUGAGAAAUAAUAACUCUUCUGAAUCAAUCGAUUUUUCCCAUAUGCAUUUAGUUUCCCCACUGAUAACACCUUCAAGGGUUCCCUCUACCCCCGUUCCAGUUACUUUAUCGACUACUGGAGAAGAGGCUCGUAAACGGGAAAUGCAAAGACAGCAUCUUCCUGAGCUACCACAAGUGACUUGUUUAGCACGAGCCAGAAUUCCUACGACUCAUGGAGCAGACAUCUUUCUUCACAUUUACGAGAAUAAUGUCGAUAAUAAAGAACACUUAGCCAUUGUCUUUGGAGAGGACAUUCGUUCUCGGAGUUUAUUCAAACAUCGACCUCAUGAAUCUCAACAAGAUAGAAUGACAAGGGGUGCUUAUAUAGGAAGGCUUUUCCCUGGACGAACAGUUGCGGAUGAAGAUAAUGAAGGUAAUAAACUUGAGUUUGAAGAGAAUGGAGAUUUGAAAAUUGAUUAUAAGACAACAUAUUCAACUGCAGAUCCUGCUAUUGUGCGUAUACAUUCAGAAUGUUAUACGGGAGAAACAGCAUGGAGUGCUCGUUGUGAUUGUGGAGAACAACUUGAUGAAGCAGGUCGUAUAAUGGGAGAAGCAGGUCAUGGAUGUAUAGUUUAUCUUCGUCAAGAGGGUAGAGGUAUAGGACUUGGAGAAAAAUUAAAAGCAUAUAAUUUACAAGAUUUAGGAGCAGAUACCGUUCAAGCUAACCUUAUGCUUAGGCAUCCAGCGGAUGCCAGACUGUUUUCACUUGCCACUGCUAUUUUAGUUGACUUAGGACUUGAAGAUAUUAAGCUUCUUACUAAUAAUCCGGAUAAGAUUGCUGCAGUUGAAGGUAGAGAACGUCAAGUUCGUGUUACCGAAAGAGUACCUAUGGUGCCAUUAGGCUGGAGUAAAGGAGGAAAGGGCAUUAAACUGAAGGAGAUUGAAGGGUAUUUGAGUACUAAGAUUGAACGUAUGGGUCAUUUGUUAGAGAAACCAAUCCAUACAUGA